CGGCAGAAUUCAGUCAAUCCCGUCGGCACUUUUCUUCCUCCUUCGGUUUCUGGUUCUUGUCGCUUUUGGGUUUCCUCUAACAUGAAGCUGUGAAUACUUGUCUCAUUCUCUAACCCUUUCCACUGUCCGGGAAACCCAGACCGCCCGCUUGCCAUCUUUCCUCGGGUUUACCGACAGUUACUUCCCGGUGUUGCAUUUGUGCGGUUGGACCCGGGAGACGCCUGCAGAGAUGUCCGACAACGGUGGCUUGGCUGUCGGCCUCCUGUCCUAUGAGACGCUGGUUCAUGCUGUGGCAGGUGCAAUGGGGAGUGUGACAGCUAUGAGCGUCUUCUUUCCUUUGGACACGGCCAAAAGCAGACUCCAGGUGGAUGAGAAGCGAAAGUCGAAAUCCACCCCUGUCAUUCUGGCUGAGAUAGCAAAGGAAGAAGGCUUUCUGUCACUGUACAGAGGCUGGUUCCCAGUUAUCUCCAGCCUCUGCUGCUCCAAUUUUGUCUACUUCUACACAUUCAACUCGCUGAAGAGGCUGACGACAUCCGGUCCAAGCACUUCCAGACCUGGCAAAGACCUGCUGAUGGGAAUUGUAUCAGGGAUGGUGAAUGUGAUCCUGACCACUCCCAUGUGGGUGGUCAACACUCGACUGAAGCUGCAGGGGGUAAAGUUCAGAAAUGAGGACCUCCAUCAGACCCACUACAGAGGCAUAUUUGAUGCUUUCUCACAGAUCAUAGCCAACGAGGGGGUGGGAACGCUGUGGAACGGCACUCUGCCCUCUCUUAUCCUCGUCCUCAACCCUGCUGUACAGUUCAUGAUUUAUGAAGCCAUGAAGAGGAAGGCAGGCAGAGGAGGGAGGAAGAUAUCCUCAGCAAAGAUUUUUCUCAUUGGAGCCAUUGCCAAGGCCAUCGCUACCACUGCCACAUAUCCUCUGCAGACGGUUCAGGCCAUCCUGAGGUUUGGCCAAUAUCAAAGUGAUGGCAAGGGUGGCGUGAUGGGGAGCCUUUCGAACAUUUUGUUGCUGCUGAUGGACCGGAUCAAGAAGCACGGCGCGCUCGGUUUGUACAAAGGCCUGGAGGCCAAGCUGCUGCAGACGGUACUGACGGCUGCCCUCAUGUUUGUUGUCUAUGAGAAGAUCGCUGCCGUUACCUUCAAAGUCAUGGGCUUGAAUAAGAAAAUGAAGCACUGAAGGCAGCUACCUGAACACGCAUCCUCAGUAGGUUUUUAUCAGAGCCUGCUGAUGUUACACCAAUGCUAUGAAUUGUUUCUGUCAAAUAGGCAUUAUAAUACAAGCAAGGUUCAGUGCCUUCAGAACCGUAGAGUCACAUCCCUUCCCAAAUUAUAUAACAUAACCAGAGGGGGGUUUAAUUAUUGCUGUUGUUAACCUUUAACCACUAACAUCUGUGCAUACACAUGUUCUCCACUGGUGCAUUUCUCUUGGCUCAGGAUGGCCUUGCAGGGGCUGAAGUUAGCUGAGUUUAUGUGACAAGGGAAAGCACAGACUCGUGAUCCAAACAAUCUUUUCUGUUGUAUAAAUGUUUCUAAUGUGAGCAGAGCUAAAGGGAUCCUAAUUUUGAGUGACCAUUUGAAAAGGCAAAAGGGGGAAAAAAAACACCAUUUAAAGAGCUCAACUGUCCUACACUUAUUUGCCCUCUUUCUGAGAGAUGAUGGCUACGUUAGAAGACUGUUAGGACUCUGGUGGACGGACACAAACCCACCAAGCUCACUGGGGAAUAGCCGUUCUCCCAUUUUCCCAGUCUUUGUUGAUUCUUGAGUUUUUAACAGCUGUAGUUUCAUAUUUAACUGUUGGACUUGUGCAGAUGAAUAUCACUCAUCAUUUUCAUAUGAAUUUGAAAAAGUGUAUUUCACAAAAUGUUAGACUUUUACCUUAAUGUCUGCGCUUCGCUGUAUUUGGUGUAACCAGUAAGUUUACCUCUGCCUUAAUCUAAACUGCUGACCCAUUCUUUACAUAUACUUCAGUUUAUAACUGUGAAUUUUUUUAACUGAUAUCCUACAAGAGAAACCUUAUGAAAUUACUACCUGUGAUUCAUAUAAAUAGGAAAGUGUGUCCAGA